GCUGCGGUGCCUGGUGUACCGCGCUCUGCUGCUGCUGGCGCUCGCGCUGCUGGUGCUGAACGUGCAGCGGCUGCCCGACCCGGAGAGGCGCGCGCCAUGCCGGCAGCUCGCCGGGAGGCCGCCGCGAGCGUGCCGCCUGGGAAGCCCGCCGCCGGGGGCCCGCCCCCCGAGGCGCCCGCGGAUUGGCCCCCGUCUCAGUGGGCUGAGCGGGAAGCCGGCUUGCGGCUUCUCCCAGUCGCCGAUGGGGCUGGCGUGGACGAGGAGUUGAGGAGGCUGGAGGCGGUGCGCAGGCAGGCGGAGAGGGCGGAGCGCCUGCUGGCGGACGCGGAGGCGCAGGCCACGCGGCCGCGGAGGAUCUACGCGAAGCCCUCCGCCUCCGGGCGGCGCGUGGGCCUCACCGGGAGGAGAGGUGCCUGGCGGCCUCGUGGGCUCCCGAGUGCUCCUUCCUGA